AUGGCAGAAGAGCGUGCCAGCGAGGCCACCACUACCGGUGCGAUCUCUGGGCAUGAAGCGCUUCCGACGACUGAAAAUACCGGGCAUGUUGCUGCUCCAGUGGCACCGGCAUCGCCGCCCGCCGUAUCGUCACCAGCUCCUGCCGCGCCAAUCGUGGCUGAAGAUGACCCGGACCCUUCCACUGACGGAUACGAGACCGGCGACGAUGCCAGCUCCAACGCCUCAACCUCGCUAUCUUCGAGCGUUCGUGACUAUGAAUGGGAGAACAAGCGCCGCUAUCACAAGUUUAAACAAGGCCGUUACCUCUGUCCAAACGAUGAGCCUGAGCAGGACCGUGAGGACAUGAAGCAUGCUUUAGUAGUUCACAUCUGUGACGGGGAUCUGCACAGCGCGCCUCUAGAUAACCCACAAAAAAUCCUUGAUAUCGGCACCGGUACUGGCAUCUGGGCGAUUGACAUGGGCGACAAGUAUCCGGAAGCAGAAAUUCUUGGUCUUGAUCUGAGCCCCAUCCAACCCGGUUUCGUCCCACCAAACGUCAAAUUUCUAGUUGAUGAUGCUGAGGCGGAGUGGCUGUACCCGGACAACUCGAUUGAUUUCAUCCAUCUGCGGCACAUGGCGCCAUUCAUCAAAGAUUGGCCCAAUCUUUUACGCCAAGCAUAUAGGGUUCUCAAGCCGGGUGGCUGGAUCGAGCUGCAAGAGCUGAGAUGGAGAUUCGCUUGCGACGAUGACACAAUGGGCCCCGACUACGCCCCGGCGAAGAUGGCAAAUCUCAUCGAAGAGGGCCUCGGCAAGUUCGGCUUCGAGCUCUACGCGUCCGAGACGAACCCGGAACGUCUCAAGGCCGGUGGCUUCGUGACCCAAGUCCACGACGUGAAGAAGGUGCCCCUGGGGAGGUGGCCCAAAGACGAUCACCUGAAAACCAUUGGAUCGUAUUCCCAGGCGGUCCUCUUUGACGGAUUGCAGGCAAUAACGAUGGGACCCCUGACGAGGGGGCUUGGUUGGACCUCGGAAGAGGUCGAAGUGCUGCUAAUGCAGGUGCGGAAAGACCUCAAGAACGUGGCCUUCCACACGUAUGUUUACUAUCACGCUUUGUCCGGACAAAAGCCAUUGGAAUAG